AUGAGUCCCCUUAAAUGGGUGCAACGAAAUAUUAAAGCAUUUGGAGGAAAUCCUAAUUUAGUUACGAUCUAUGGACAAAGUAGUGGAGCAACGUCUGUGUAUGCGCUGAUGCUGUCUCCAUUGGCUGAUGGUCUAUUCCACCGGGCAUGGUCCAGUAGUGGGACUCUUCUUAUUAACAAAGACCUGACUACAGUGUCUAAAGACAACCUAAAAAUCCUUGAAGCAACUGGAUGUACCACAUUAAAAUGUCUUCAACAACUUGAUCCUACAAAGCUGAUCCAGGCGAUGGAAGUUCUCUGGAACUUUAUGGAUGAGAUGUCCGACCUGCCAACUAAGGGGAACUUUGAUGCAGCCCUUGUUAUUGCCGAUGGAACAGUUAUUCCCGAUAUGGAUUUCAAGUGGAAAGAUGUACCAUUCAUGAUAGGCACUACUGCUCAAGAGACAGACAGUGGACCAAUCCCUGCAGAUGUAAGAACAUGGAGCCAACAGGAAUACAUUGAUUAUGUUACGAAGAAACUAGACACAUUUAGUGAGGCUAUAUCAUCCAAUAACCGAUUCCAACGACCCGGAGUAUCAGUACACUAGCAUGGUUUCUGACAUGCGAGUAAACUGCAUCAAUGAUGUAUUAGCCAGUCAGGCUUACAAUGCAAGUAGAAAGACGGGCAUAUAUAGAUAUGUCUUCACAGAGUUUCUUUCAGUUCCAACAUUAGCCUUCGAAGAGUCUUCAUUCAAAGCGAAAUAUGCUUUCCACAAUAUUGACAAUAUGGCAUUUUCUGGUCACAUUCCUAAUUUCAUCGAAUCACCAACGGCAAAAGACUUACAGUUUCAACAGACUAUGAUUGAAAAUAUU